AUGUUGACGGUACGAAUAAACGUCAACCGUUCGUCGCGAUCAGCUCCUCCGUUCAGUUUGCUGAUGCGAACGUGCGUCUGUCUGCUGGUACUGCUCGGUCCGCUAGCACACAGCCCGGUAGAGGGUCAAUAUCUGCAGUCACCGUGUCCGAACGUGUUUUCGUACCGACUCGACCCAGGCACCAACCAGGCGUUCGGCUACGUCGAGCUGCAGGGUCUACGCAUCGGUCAGUUGGUCAAGCUGAACAUCGAUCUUUCAAUUGGCAUCGCCGUACCGCAGAACAAUGUUGGAUCGAUCACUUUAAUUAAAUCGAGAGAACAAACGUUUCGCGACAUCUACAACAACCAACCGGCACAGUAUCGCGUUAAUUUCCCGUUCAAAAAUGUCAUCCCGAGUGUGUUGGCAAUUAGCGUGAACGGUCAAACCAUCUGUACCGGUCAGAAAGCGACCGGGCAGGUAGUAACCACGAUCAACUUGGAGCAUACGCUCUUCACACAGAUGCAACCACUUUCGAACGGAAAUGGUAACAACUUUAACACCAUACAGUACCAACCGCCACAGAAUACAGCCCCACAAGCCCCCGUAUAUCAACCUGUGCAGAUACCUCAGCCGGUCAUAACACAAAGACCACAGGUGUUACAACCGCAACGACCACAGGCGAUACAUCCGCAACGACCACAGGUGAUACCAACACAACAGCCACAGGUGAUACAAACUGGAUGUGGUCAACCGGCAGCAGUUUUCAAUCGUCUCUCGAUCAACGGAAUCCGAUCGCCCAAAGGACAGUUCCCGUGGGCGGCUCCAAUCUUCGAUAAUGGCGCACCAUCCAAACCUAAAUACAUCUGUGGCAGUACAAUCAUUUCAACGCUACACCUAGUAACUGCAGCUCACUGCAUGUACGAUUCGUUCGGUGUACCACGAAAGGCGGAAGAAGUAAUGACUGUGCCGGGCAUGUACAACAUCGACAACUUCUUCGAUGCGGAUCUGCAGGAGCGGAUGGUAUCGACCAUCUAUAUCCACGAUGAUUACUACUUUGAGGAAUCAGGACUGGUAGACUCUGACAUUGCCGUGCUAAAGGUCGACCAGCCCAUUGUCUAUACUAGUCUAGUAAGACCAAUCUGUGCGUGGAGCGAAAUUGACAACCUGGAACAGAUCGUCGGUGUCAAAGGCUUCGUGUCAGGCUGGGGUGUCACUGAGAAUGGAGAUGCGAAGUACCCUAGCUAUGUCGCCGCUACGAUCGUCAGCCGACCCGCAUGCUCCCGUAAUCUGGAAAAACUUAUUGCCGGCUCGGCACGUUUGUUCUGCGGGGACGGACACGGAUCGGUACCGUGCACUGGCGAUUCUGGCAGUGGGCUUGUCAUCAAACGUGGCCAAAAGUACUACCUGCGCGGUAUCGUAUCUAUCGGCCAGUUUGACCCUAAUACACUAACCUGCGCACGUGACAAAUACGUAGUCUAUACUGAUAUUGCACCAUUCCGUUACUGGUUGUCGAAAAUUAUUAAAUCUUAG